AUGUCAGCCAGUAAUCAAGACCCUCCUACAGGUCCAACAAAAAAGGUGCGGGGAAAGACAAGAGGAGUGAAUGCAGAUAAGGUGCUUUCUCAAUUGAAUGCUAAAAUACCUGUCACUCUGACCGAACAAAAUGGCAGGCCUACAGGCCCAUAUGCUGAAAUGUUGGCCAAUGAAAUUGGUUUCACAGUUCGAAACCAUGCCCCACUAAAUGUGGAAAAAUGGAAGAAGAUUUCGAAAAUUGAAGUGGAUAAGUUGGUUAAAAGAAUAACGAACAAGUUUGACAUUGACAUGUCUCUCUCUUGGGUCGAGAGAUAUGUAAUUACAACAUGUCAGACUGUAUUUUGUAAUUUUCGUUAUAAGUUGAAGAAACAUUUUGAGAAAUUUUCAACAAUCGAGGAAGCAAUUGAAAACAAACACGAUGAUGUCAAGACUCAGGAAGAAUGGGAGUUUCUCUGUGCUCGUUUUUCUAGUGAAAAGUUUCAGAUUCGUUCAGAGAAGAAUGCUAUAAAUAGGUCAAAGUUGACACAUCACCACAAAGCUGGGUCAAAGUCAUUUAUGUCUCACCAAGAGCAAAUUGCAGCACAGACUAGAGAGAUGCAAGGUGCAAUUGAUCGCUUUGAAACAGAGUACAAAAGCACUAAAAAAAGGUUGGGACUUGGGAGCAAAAGCAAAGUGGGAUGAAAUGAUUAAGAUGCGAACUGAGACAACUCAACCUGAUGGAACUCGGACAAUGACAGAUGAUGAAAUUUGUGCAAAAGUCCUCGGAGUCAAAUCAGGCUACAUCAAGGGUUGUGGUUUUGGCCCUAGACCUCCACCAUCAAGAGUCUCUCAUUCGUCGAGAAAUGAAAUGUCUGAAAAGAAUAAAGUGUUGCAAGAACAGCUUCAAGAGACCCAACACCUUGUAGGGACUCAACAACAAAAGAUUGAUGCACAAAAUGAGGUGAUCCAAAGAUUGGAGGAGCAAGCCAAAAAGUUUGAGGAGUUCAUAGCUAACUUUUCCA